UGAGGGAUCGGAAGUGACGGACGUUAGGGAACCGAUAGAAGUGGACGAACAGGAAGUGAAGGCCGAACUCAAAAUGAUUGGAUCCGUUGAGUCCACUGUUUAUAUGGAUUACAUUAAGGCCGGCGCCGGACCUCUGCUCAUAACACUUACCAUUUUGACUAAUCAAAUGAGCAAAGACCCGGAUAAUGUUGAUCAAACCUUCAAUAUAAUAGUGUACACGAAUCUAAUCAUUGGUCUGUUUGUGUCGGCCCUGUUGUCCACCAUUUGUUUCUACAUAAUGUGUAUGAGAUCUUCGGUUAAUCUCUAUAACCGAAUAUUCUAUGCAUUAUUGCGAUCACCGAUACAUCUGUUUGAAAGUUCGCCCAUCGCCCGGAGUCCGGUGUACUCUCACGUGAACACAACGCUGUGUGGGCUGACAUCGAUCCGUGCGUUUGGCGCACAGCAUAUGUUUGAGCGUCAGUUUGAAGUCCACCAAAACGACAACACCUCUACGACCUUCCUAUCCAUUUGCACCGCUCGAGCACUCGGAGUCUUAGUGGACAUCAUUUGUACAUUAUAUAUGAGUGCUGUUAUCGCCUAUAUUAUGACCAGUAGUGACAGCAUUCCCGGAGGAAAUGCUGGACUUUUGUUGACAUCAGCUAUAUCAUUGACCAAUAUGAUUCAACACGUUACUAAAUUAUGGACCGGUAUCGAAUACUAUAUGAUUUCUGUCGAGCGAGUGCUCGAAUACACAGCCAUUAAACCCGAAGCAGAGCUCGAGUCCACUCCCGAUCGGAAACCACCCAAAGAUUGGCCACAAAUGGGAGAAAUAGUGUUCAAAGAUAUGAGUCUUCAAUACAACGAAUCGCCGCAUAAAGUGCUCAAAGAUAUCAAUGUUUGCCUCAAAGGGGGAGAAAAGGUGGGAGUCGUGGGCCGGACGGGCGCCGGCAAAAUAUUCUGUCGAACACUCGCUAUGAAAGCCCACGACUCCUGCGGCGCGUACGACACCCGACCCCUCACUACCACACGACCCGACACUAGCGAUAUCUCAUUCAAUAUUGCCAUCAAUAACUUAGCAUUACCCAUGUUGUCGGCGGAGACAGCGUUUGCCACAAUUGCCUACUUUAAUGUCAUGCGU